AUGGAGCCUCGCAAUCUCAGCAAUAUGUCUGGUGAAAGUACCAAUACGAUCGCCACCUACACACAAUAUCUGAGCAUGGACUUGAACGAACAUGACAGUUUCCUGUUCUCAGCAGAUCAAAACACGGUGAAUUUCUCAGAGCACCGUCCGUCACCACAUUUGAAUCCCGCGGGAACCUCAGAUCGGCUUGAGGAUAGUCAUCAUGUUCGCCUAGGAGAAGUACAGCAAGAACAUCGGGGGCUUGAGAGCAGUUGGGGUGAUUGGGGACUUCCUUCACCUCGGAGCGACAAUAGUAACGACCCAAGUUCCACUCCAGUCGAGACCAGUAACUCCAGCCAAAGCAGCCCCGGAUCUCCCCAGCGCAACAUUCAGCCGUGGCGAACGAGCUCCAAAUUAUCGUCAGUCUCUGGAGUGGGCAGGCUUAAGCAGCAUCAAUGUGGCGCCCUGAAGCAUUCCGAGGAAGUCACAAAGAUCGCUCAGAAAAAGCAAGCUCAUUCCGUCGUUGAGCGAAGGUAUCGCGACAAGAUGAACAACAAAAUGAAGCAACUUUACCAUGUCCUGUUGGAGACAAAACAGGUGUCGCGCCUCCCACGCAUCCAAAACUGGGACACUGUAUCUUUGAGCCGAGCGCCAGGUGGCAUUCGAAAAACAGACAUUAUCAAUGAUGCCAUCAAUUACGUCUACCAAUCUGAAGUCAACAUUCGACACAUGUCGGACGAAAUUUCAACCCUGAAGGCGCGCAUACAGAAUUUGGAAGACUCCCAAAGAGCAGAACUUCUCAUGCCGAUGAUCGAUCCGAGCUAUUGA